AUGCCUAACGUACUGAUUUUACGAGUUCAAUCGCCCGAAGGUACAAAGAGAAUUAAUAUUACUGCACAAGAUACAUAUCAAAAUUUAUAUGAAAAAGUUGUUGAUGCAUUUUCAUUAUCAUCAUCCGAUGAUUUUAUUUUAUAUAAGGAAACACAUAAAAAAUCACCCAUAGAUCGUUCAUCAGUAAAAAUAAAUUUUAGACAUGGCGAUCAAAUUUAUCUUGUUCCAGAACAUGAUAAUGUAUUUUCAAAACCAAACAAUGUUUCAUUCGUUAUCAAAUCUGAUCAUCCAAUCGAUAUAUCGUCUUCACCAUUGAGUUUCAUUUCAAAAUUAAUUGAUAUUAAAGAAGAUGAUGUUGAUUUACAAUUAGAUAAAGUCGAUGGGAAAAUACCUCGACAACAAGAUUCACGAUUAUGUCAUCAUAAUCGACAUGGCAAAUGUCUUCAUUGUAUACCAAUAGAACCAUACGAUGAAGAAUAUUUGAAAAAUCAUAGUCCACCUAUUAAACAUAUGUCGUUUCAAGCUUAUAUUAGAAAAUUACAAAAUGAAGCAUCUGCUGAACAAAAUACAUUUUCUAGCCUGGAAAAUAUAAGUUGCUCGAUCAAAGAACAAUGCUCGACAGGUCAUCCACCAUGGCCAAAAGGUGUUUGUACAAAAUGUCAACCGAAUCAGAUGACACUUAUGCGUCAGACACAUCGUCAUGUUGAUAACAUCAUGUUUGAAAAUGGAAAUAUGGUCAAUCGUUUUCUUGAAUAUUGGCGUUCAUCAGGUCAUCAGCGCAUUGGUUUUCUCUAUGGUCGAUAUGAAAUCUACGAUGGUGUUCCGCUUGGUGUUCGAGCUGUUGUUACUGCUAUCUACGAACCACCACAAGAAACAUCAAAAGAUAGCGUUCAAUUGGUUUUCCCUGAUCCACAGGAGGCUACUAUUGAUAAAGUAGCCUAUCGUCUUGGUAUUCGUCGUAUUGGAUGGAUAUUUACGGAUCUUAUUCCGAAUGAUAAAAGAUCUGGUACUGGGCCUGUUAUUCAUCAUCGAGGAAGUGCGAAUACAUUAUUUUUAACUGCUCAAGAAUGCAUUAUGGCCGGUUGGUUUCAAAAUAAAAAUUUGAACAAGUGUAAAUACUCACCCGAUGGAUAUUUUGGUUCGAAAUUCGUUACUGUUGUGGUGACCGGGGAUGCAACUGGACAAAUUCAAUUUGAAGGAUAUCAAGUAUCGAAUCAAUGUAUGGCUUUAGUUAGAUCAGAAAUUUUACUACCGACGUAUGAUGCACCUGAAUUAGGUUAUAUUAAAGAAACAAGUCCUGAACAAUAUGUUCCUGAUGUUUAUUUUAAAGAAAAAGAUUCUUACAAUAAUGAAAUCAUGAAAAUUGGGCGUCCAUUGCCUUUAGAAUAUUUAAUUCUUGAUGUUCCAACAGGUUUUCCAACAGCAAAUAAUCAAAUGAAAUCAACAUUUAAUGAUACAUGUUCAAUCAUAAAAACACCAUUCUGUAUUGAAAAUCGAACGCGAACUGAUGAAUUACAAGAUAUGGAUACUUUAGCUUUAUAUUUACAGCAAUUCGCAGAAAUUGAUGUUAAACGAACAAAUUCACUCCCGUACAAAACAACAGACAUUUUAGCUGAUCUUCAUCUAUUGCUAUAUUUGGUAGCCAAUGAUAUUUUUCAGUUUUCUAUGGAUCAAAUCGAUCCAUUAUUUGAUGCAUUACGAAACAAUGAUCUAAAUGGAGUUACAACCUGGAUGGAAAGUGAGGCAUGGAAAACAUUACUUCAACUUGUUCAAAUUGAACUCCCAGACUUAUCAUCAUCUAUGAAGCAAUUGACUCCUACGGUUACCAAUGAACAGUCAUCAAAUUGGACAUGUUCAGAAUGUACUUUUCUCAAUGAUAAUUCCAAUCAAACGUGUGAAAUGUGUUCGUUAGAUAGAAAUCCUGCGUCUUAA